CCUCCUUCUCCUCCCUUUCCCCCUUUCCCGCCUUUCCUCUUUGUCCCCAUUCACUCAGUAAGAUACACGGAUGCUAUGCGUCCAAAACUUUCUCACGGCCGCUCGCGAUCUCUCUCAGACCCUCUUGCUAGAGCGCUCUUGCCACCAGAGGACGAAUCUCCGACUGAACGAGACUCACGAUUGGAACGAGAGGAGCGGGCUCGACGUGUCAACGAUGCCAUUGACGAGCAGAUCCGCCGGGACAAGGCCGAGCUCAAGCGCCAGAAGAACAUGAUAAAAGUCCUUCUGCUUGGCCAGAGCGAAUCAGGCAAGAGCACUACUCUCAAACAAUUUCAACUGCUGCAUACUCCAGCCGCUUUUCAUCAGGAGCGGAUCGCCUGGCGCGCCGUCAUCUACCUUAACCUCAUCCGCUCCGUUCGCCGCAUCCUCGAUGCACUCGUCCCUCCGGACUCUGUUCCCCCAUAUUACCCUGAUAUGCCCGUCCAUGACAGUGACGAUAUCGAUUCUUUCCUCCAUAUCGAUGGCCCGUCCAUGUCUACUUCACGAUUACCCAAGUUUGAGCGUUACAUCAAGCGUCUCUCACCCCUCCUCAUCCUUGAACAACGGCUCAUCCGACAAUUAGCAUUUCCUGACGAAGAGGAUGAUCCCGAUCCAGCUGAAAUUUCUCCGACGUCCUCCCUUCCCCCUCACAUAGGAAUCCCCAUCCCAGCGUCGCAGACUAAAGGUGGCGAACUGGCCCUGAGGCCAACCUCGAACUGGAAGAAGUCCUUUUCAUUUUUAUCUGGAAACGAAAGCAAAAGCGCACAUACUGGUGAGCUGCGCGGCUGGUGGGAGGACCCUCGUGAUCCUGUGCAUGUUCUGCAUGCCUGUGCGUCUGGGGAAUACGGCAUGCGCGCUCUCUGGAGAGACUCUGAUGUCCGUGGUACUCUGGCCCGACGCCGUGUGCGCAUGGAGGAAAGUGCCGGCUUCUACCUAAAUGACAUUGAUCGUAUCACCGCACUACGCUACAUUCCAACCGACGACGAUGUCCUGCGUGCACGUCUCAAGACCCUCGGGGUUGUGGAACACUCAUUUAUGGUUAAGGGUGGUGGCGCCCAUAGCAACACUAGUGUCGAAUGGCGCAUUUACGACGUGGGCGGAGCUCGACAACAAAGGCAAGCAUGGGCACCGUUCUUCCAGGACGUCAAUGCAAUUAUUUUCCUUGCGCCGAUUUCUGCAUUCGACCAGACUCUCGCCGAGGAUCCUCGUGUGAAUAGGCUAGAAGACUCGAUGCUCCUUUGGCGCUCUGUCAUCUCCAACAAGCUUCUCAAAGACACGAACAUCGUUCUGUUUCUGAAUAAGUGCGAUCUACUUAAGGCGAAGCUCGAUGCCGGUGUUUCAUUAGCGUAUCACAUGCCGAGCUACCGUGAUCGUCCGAAUGACUAUGAGUCUGUUUCCAAAUAUUUCAGGAACAAGUUUGCCGCUCUCCAUUAUUCGCACUCGCCUAACCAGCAACGCGAGCUUUACAUCCACCUUACUUCCGUCACUGACAAGCUCAAAACUUCAAUCAUCAUAGCCAGUGUGCGCGACCUAAUCCUUAAACAAAAUUUACAAUAUUCUCGACUUCUCUGAGCUUGCUUCGUGAUAAAUGGGUCGUAUCUAUCCCUCGUAUCCGAUCUUCUCGGCUCUUUGAUCUUCCUAUUUGUUUGUUCGACAUCGCCUUCUCAUAGACCACGCUGUAGCAGAAGCGCAAGCCUUCCGUUUAUAUCAAAACGUCCUUCCCUAUCUUCUCUUUGCUUUCUACUUUCUCACUUUCUCACCGCUGAGCUUCCUAACUCCAUCCCUCCGAUCAGCAUGUAGUGUUUCAUCUUACAACCUUGCACCACUGUAUCCUCGUCAAGCAUAUAUUCCAAAGUGUCGAAGGCAUUCGACAUUCUGCAUCUGUACCUGUAAAAGUUCCCUUACUGUCAUCCAUCUUCUGUUUUAGUUACAUCUUCGUUGUUAUCACGUGUCUUCCCGUCUUCCUCUGUCUUCUCUUGAUUUUGCUCUCUAGUUAUCAACACCUUUCUGCAUUACAUGUCUUGCUUCUUUU